UCUGUAAUCACGUGGCCAAAUAAAUUAAACAUGGCGGACCCCAAGUACGCCAAUUUACCAGGGAUUGACACCCAGCCAGAUGUGUAUGAGACCAGUGACCUACCAGAGGAUGAUCAACAGCAAGAAGUGGAUGAGCUGAAGAGUGAGAGUGUGGAACAUUUCAAUGUGAAUGCAAACACUGCUUUCAGCAAGUUCAAGGACAAGAAAUUACUAGAUGGAAAUGUAGAUUUCUCUGACCGGGUGAGCCACUCCAGAAGGACAGGUUACUUUGUGCCUAGGACUGAGUAUGAAAUACUUGAAGAAGGAACAGAAAUCAAGGAGACACCAGUCCAGAAGUACCAGAGAUUACAGCAUGAAAUCAGAGAGCUGUCAGAUGAAGUGGAACAACUUAAACAAGCAGCUGAGGAUUCCAAAUCCCCCAGUGUAACACCAGUGUCUUUGAUGCAGCAGCUCAGUGGUCUUCAAGAGCAGCUGUAUGGCUUACACUUAGAGAAAAUUCUUGGUUCAGAUGCUAUGCUGGAGGCUGCUGACCCCCAGGGAACUCUGCCAAAGAAGUUAUUAAGUCAGCUGGAGGCUUUCAAGAAUCUUAGUGUGCAAUCAGCUGGUAAAUCCCCUGCCAAGCCUGACCCCCAAAAUCAAGAUGGCUGCAUUACCUAUGAGCUACACUACAGCCCGGAGCAAGCCAAAUUUGCCCAACUCUCCAAGGCAUCAGAGUUAGAGCAGAGGUUAGCCAAGUUGGAGGACAUUAUCGGGCAAGACUCACAGAAAUUUUCCUUCCUGACAGCUGACACAAGUUCCAAGUGUCUUAUGGACGCAGCAGUACAGUUGCAGGCCCAAAUUGGUCUCUUAGAUCCACUGCAGCUAGAUCAUGCUGAUGCUCGCAUCCAGGGACUUCUACAGCAUCUUAAUCAAGUCAAGGAAAAAAAAAAGACAGCAGAAGAUGCAGGCAAGGAGAGCAAGAUUUCAGAGUUGUAUGACAUGGUGGAGAAGUGGGACGGUAUUGCAGACACAGUACCUGCAAUUGUGGAGCGACUGCAAGCACUGAAGGAUUUACAUGAGCAAGCUCUGCAAUUCAGUCAAGCUCUGAGUCAUCUGGACACAACCCAACAGCAGCUGACUUCAGCUCUCAAUAACCAGGAUACAUUGUUGAAAGAGCUGAAACAAUCGUUUGCAACCAACAUGACCAGUAUCCAAGCCAAUUGUCACUCCCUUGAAGAACGAAUGAAGAAAUUCCAGAAGUGAA